AUGAAGUCGUGGCUAUGGAAACAUUUUUUAAAAAUUAAUACUGAUUUGGCACGGUGCCAAAAGUGCCAAAAAGUGUUAAAAAGAAGCGGUGGAACCAAAGGUCUUGUGCUACAUUUAGAAAAAAUUCACCGAAUUGUAAAGAAGCCUGUUGAUGAAAGCGCGGAAGAAAAGAAGGAAGUUGAAAAACCAAAAAUAUCCUGUUCACUUCAACAAAAAAGCAUGACUGAUUUUUUGAAAUUUCAGUCAAUUGAAGAAACAGUUUCAAGACUUGCUGCAGAAUCAGGACUAUCAUUCCCAACAUUUCUGUUUACAUUUCAAGACAACAAUUUAAUAUUUACUCAUCUCAAUUUUGAAACUCCAAUCAAACAAGACAAGAUAAUACGAAUUGCGGCUAUUGUCUAUCGAAUGGAAGAAAUUAUUGAUGUACUUGAACCAGCACGAGUUGCAACGGAGUCACUCUCUCGUGGAAGUAUUAACAUCCUGACAGGAGAAGGAAUAAUUAAAUUUUUACUCGCUGAAACUAAAAAUAAAUCAUCACCCCUUGCUACCGAAUUUUAUGACAUUCUUGUUCAAAGAAUCAACAGCAGAAGAAACUCAAGAUUGUUGAGCUCAGAGUUGGGAUUUGACUGA